AUGGAUUUGCUUUUGGAAGAGACGCAAGAUGGAUYGRUACACUCUAASUCACUUUUGCRAACUCAAGUGGACACACUUUUUCUCCAGGAGAUCAAAGGAACUCGUUUUAGAAUUGGGAGUUUAUCAGUUGGUGGAUCUUCUACCUCUGUCUCGGAUCUUGAAAUGCAAGAAGUGUUACAAAAUGCAAAGCUUAAGAUCGCAGAAAUGGAGAAAGCACAAGCAGAACAAGCAAAGGCGCAAGCUAAGCAAUCAAAGGCGCAAGCUAAGCAAGCAAAAGAGUUCGAAGAUUUGAAGAAUGAGUUGAUGAAGUACUUGCCAAACUUAAGUGAAGAAUCUAAUCCUGUCACCGAAGAUGAUAACUGA